AUGUUGUCAUUGGAAUUUGCUGAACUAAGGAAGCAAUUGUCGGAGUUGUACGAAGGCGGUUUAGUCCAGUCAUCCAAAGCCCCCUAUAGUGCCCAAGUGUUAUUCCAAAAAAAGCAAGAUGGAUCGUUGCAGAUGUGCAUGGAUUAUCGGUCCCUAAACAAGGUGAUUAUCAAAAAUAAGUACGUUGUCCCUUUUGUGGCUAACCUAUUCGACCGUCUUAGCAAGGCCACUUUCUUCACAAAGUUGGACCUUCAUUCAGGUUACUGUCAGGUUCAAGUUGUGAAAAGGGACGAAGAAAAGACUACUUGUAAAAAGUUAUCUCCAAGGCAGGCCCGUUGGCAGGAAUUCCUUGAAGAAUAUGACUUUGAGUGGAGACACAAGCUUGGACAACACAACUUAGUUGCUGAUGCGUUAAGCUGGAAAGAGAUAGUUGAAUACAUGGCUGUUAUUUCCAACAUUGAAACACAAUUGCUGGAAAGGAUUAGGGAUAGUACUGCAAUUGACUCAAAGUAUCAACGGUUGGUGCAUCAAGCCCAAGCUCUUUCUGGAUUCAUCAAAGGGAAAUGGCUUUGGCGUAUUAUCACUGAUGUUCUUUCUAAACCCAUCCAAGAAGAAAAAGAGAUUGCAUCUGCUUUCGAUGAGUGUCUUGAUGAAUGGGAAGGGAAGAACUACUAA